GUAAACAUCUCUGCCGAACUUUCCCUAACAGAAACUUACUCAGUGUCACACUCUUUGAAAUAUUUCUACACGGCUGUGUCUGGGAACAUUGACUUCCCAGAGUUCACUGCUGUGGGGCUGGUGGAUGAUGAGCAGUUCAUGUACUUUGACAGUAACGUGAUGAGAGCUGUCCCAAAAACAGAGUGGAUUACUCAGGGCGUCGGAGCAGAAUACUGGGAGCAGGAGACUCAGGCCGAUGUGAUAACCCAUCGAACCUACAAAAACAACAUUCAAAUUCUCAUAGAACGCUUCAACCAGUCUAAGCUGUAUGGUGUACACACACUCCAGAGAAUGUAUGGUUGUGAGUGGGAUGCUAAGACUGGAGAGGUAAAUGGGUUUGAUCAGAUUGGAUAUGAUGGAGGAGAUUUUAUAGCUCUGGAUCUGAAGAGUAUGAGAUACAUCGCUGCAGUGCAACAGGCUCUCAUCACUAAACUCAAAUGGGAAGCAGACAGGGACCAGCUUCAGCGCUACAGAGAAUACUUCAAUAAAGAGUGCUCUGACUGGCUGAGGAGAUAUGUACAGGAUGGGAGGAGCAUUCUGGACAGAGCAGUCUCUCCUGAGGUGUCUCUGUUGCAGAGGGACUCCUCUUCUCCAGUGGUGUGUCAUGUUACAGGUUUCUAUCCUAGACAAGUGAUGAUUUCCUGGCAGAAAAAUGGUCAAGACCAUAGUGAGGAUGUGGAUCUUAGAGAGACCGUCCCUAAUGGAGAUGGAACCUUCCAGAAGAACAGUGUCCUCUAUAUGAGGCCUGAGGACUGGAGGAAUAACCCUGAGACAUAUUCAUGUGUGGUUCAGCACAGGAGUCUGACAGAGGACAUUGUUAUCCAACUGAAACCAAAGAAUGUCAAAUCCAGCUCAGUUCUUAUCCUCAUCACCGUAGCUGUCGGCUUCCUCAGCUGGAGAGAUUCCAGCACUGCUGUUAUUGUGAUCAUGCUGAUUGUGAAAGUCACGAGUGGCUCAUGA